UCAGUCUCUCCGGGUUGCAUGUACUGUAUGUGGAGCAGUGUACAGUGAAGCGGAGGCAGAGCGGCUCCGCGAGCUCCUCACCACUUUCCCAUAGAAGAACCCUGACUGGCCGCUGAGGGUGAGCCACACACAGCCUCACGCCCGGCGAGCCCGGAGGUCACUAUCAUAUGACAAAGGCUUUGCCGCAGUUCAUCUUCCUCCCUGUGCACUUUCCAUUUGCCUUCCUGGAAUCCUGCUGCAUCACAGAAGCUGGAAAUACUGACGUUCUAUUGAAAUCACAAUGGAAAGUCUUGACUUGACCGGUCACAGUAAUGAAAGGCAGUAAUAGAAAUAAAGAUCAUUCAGCAGAAGGAGAAGGGACUGGAAAAAGACCAAAACGCAAGUGUCUUCAGUGGCAUCCAUUGCUAGCGAAGAAACUUCUCGACUUUUCAGAAGAAGAGGAAGACGAAGACGAAGAGGAGGAUAUUGACAAGGUUCAACUUCUUGGGGCUGAUGGCCUAGAGCAAGAUGUUGGUGAGACCGAAGAUGACGAAUCCCCAGAGCAGCGAGCCCGGAGACCAAUGAAUGCAUUUCUCUUAUUUUGCAAGCGCCACCGCUCCCUAGUACGUCAGGAACACCCCAGGCUUGAUAAUCGAGGUGCUACCAAGAUACUAGCUGAUUGGUGGGCUGUUCUGGAUCCAAAGGAAAAGCAGAAAUACACAGACAUGGCCAAGGAGUAUAAGGAUGCAUUUAUGAAAGCAAAUCCUGGCUACAAAUGGUGUCCUACCACAAACAAGCCUGUGAAAUCCCCAACACCCACCGUCAAUCCACGAAAGAAACUAUGGGCCUUCCCAUCAGACUCUUCAAGAGAAUUUUCAAGCCCCAAGAAAGCAAAGACUGAAGAAAUGCCUCAGCUUAACUUUGGAAUGGCUGAUCCUACUCAGAUGGGAGGCCUGAGCAUGCUGCUUUUAGCUGGAGAACAUGCUCUUGGCACACCAGAGGUAUCUUCUGGCACUUGUAGGCCUGAUGUUUCAGAAUCCCCUGAAUUGCGUCAGAAGUCACCACUAUUCCAGUUUGCUGAGAUAUCUUCAAGUACAACCCACCCUGAUGCGCCUUCAAAACAGUGUCAAGCGUCAGCCUUGUUUCAGUUUGCAGAGAUAUCUUCAAACACCUCGCAGUUGGGUGGUGCUGAACCUGUGAAACGCUGUGGGAAAUCUGCACUCUUUCAACUGGCAGAGAUGUGCUUGGCAUCGGAGGGGGUAAAAAUAGAAGAAUCAAAGCUAAUGAAGGUAAAAGAAUCAGAUGGUGGACGAAUUAAAGAACUGGAGAAGGAAAAUGAAGAAAGAGAAAUAAAAAUGGCAAGAACAGGUGAAGCCAGGUUACAGAAGGAGGCAGAAUUUGAAAAACCAGCUAAGGAAAAUAUGAGAGAUUCUAAGGAAUUAAGAAAUUUUGAGGAACUUCAAAUGGAUGAUGUAAUGGAUUUAGAAAUGGAAGAUCCCAAAGAAAUUAAAAAGGAAGAACUAGAGGAAGAUCAAAAAUGUAGUCACUUCCCUGAUUUUUCUUAUUCUGCCAGUAGCAAGAUAAUUAUAAGUGAUGUUCCCAGUAGAAAGGAUCACAUGUGCCAUCCUCAUGGAAUUAUGAUCAUUGAGGAUCCCACAGCAUUAAACAAACCAGAAAAGUUAAAAAAGAAGAAGAAGAAAAGCAAAAUAGAUCGACAUGGGAAUGAUAAAUCCACACUGAAGAAGGCUUGUAAAAAGAGGCAGUCAUCAGAGUCUGACAUCGAGAGUGUCAUAUACACCAUUGAAGCUGUCGCAAAGGGAGACUGGGGCAUUGAGAGACUUGGAGAAAGCCCUCGCAAGAAGGUCCGCACAUCCUCAAGUGGCAAGGGAAGCACUUUGGAUGCCAAGCCGCCAAAGAAAAAGGUGAAAUCAAGAGAAAAGAAAAUCUCCAAGGAGAAAUCCUCAGAUACCACCAAAGAGUCAAGACCUCCAGAUUUCAUUAGUAUUUCUGCCAGCAAGAACAUUUCUGGUGAGGUGCCAGAGGGUAGCAAAGUAGAACCAUUGACACCCACAGAGGAUGCAUUACCACCCAGCCUGUCGGGACAGGCCAAACCUGAGGACAGUGACUGUCACAGAAAAAUAGAAACUUGUGGCUCCCGGAAAUCUGAGAGGUCUUGCAAAGGUGCUCUUUAUAAAACUCUGGUGUCUGAAGGCAUGCUCACUUCUCUGCGAGCUAAUGUUGACAGAGGGAAACGAAGCUCAGGAAAAGGAAACUCCUCUGAUCAUGAAGGUUGUUGGAAUGAAGAAAGCUGGACGUUUAACCAGAGUGGGACUAGUGGGAGCAAGAAGUUCAAGAAGACAAAGCCAAAGGAAGACUCUGUCCUUGGCUCAGCAAAGCUGGACGAAGAAUUUGAAAAAAAAUUCAACAGCCUCCCUCAAUAUAGUCCUGUUAUAUUUGACCGGAAAUGUGUACCUGUCCCAAGAAAAAAGAAGAAGACUGGAAACAUGAUCUCAGAACCGACUAAAACCAGCAAAGGUCCUUUCCAGUCUCAGAAAAAGAACUUAUUCCACAAAAUUGUCAGCAAAUAUAAGCACAAAAAGGAGAAGCCUAAUGUUCCAGACAAAGGAAGUGGGGAUAAAUGGUCAAACAAGCACCUCUUCUUGGAUGCCAUUCACCCUACAGAAGCCAUAUUUUCAGAAGAUAAACACACCACAGAGCCUGCUCAUAAGGUUAAAAAUGCCCUAUCCGUUCCCAACACUCCAGAGCCAGCAAUGAUGCAGGAACCCCUGGUGGGCAGUCAGAAGAGAAAAGCAAGGAAAACCAAGAUCACACACCUUGUCAGGACAGCAGAUGGCCGGGUAUCACCAGCAGGAGGUACUUUGGAUGACAAACCAAAGGAACAACUGCAGAGGAGUCUGCCUAAAGUGAUGGAGACGGGCUACGGUGAGGAGUGUGCGCACAGCGCGGAGGCCGCCGAGACGCGGAGCAGCACGCCCGAGAUGCCCGCUGUGUCUGCCUUCUUCAGCCUCGCUGCACUGGCGGAAGUGGCCGCCAUGGAAAACGUGCACAGAGGUCAGAGGUCAACUCCACUUACCCAUGAUGGACAGCCAAAAGAAAUGCCACAGGCUCCUGUACUUAUUUCCUGUGCUGACCAGUGAAGCGCUCUUUAAUUGUAAAACAUUGUGCUUUACCUACUACCCUAGCCUUGUCUUUACCGAGGGAUGCUAGUGAGUCCAUGUGGUGGAAAAUAGAGACUGCAAACAAGUGCUUGCUGCCCAACAUGGCCCAGAUUCACUUGGAGCAGAAGUUAGCAUCCUGGGCCGGUGUGUUCUUUCGGAACCCAGAGUCUUUGAGGGUGAUGUUACCUGAUAACAAGCAGUAACAGAAAGAUCCUGGAGCUUUGCUUUCUAUUGAAGGCUUUUGACAGUAAUAGGUGGUAACUUGGUCAAAGGCUGCCUUUACUGUAGCUUCUCCAGCAUCUCUUUUACCAACCAGAAAGUGUGAAACUAGUUUCGUAUAUUACCUAGUUAUUCUUUCAAAACAAAAACAAAAAACAAAAAAACAAAAACUGACGCACUGCACUAGUUAUUAGAUAUUCUUAGUCUUUUUUGUACAUGGAGAUUUAAGUUCUAAGAUGGUUUAUAUAAUAGGUUAUACCUACAUUUAUAUUGUAGAAUAAUAUUGGAAAGCCUGCUCUAGAGACUCCCAAGCAACACGGGCAGGCAGAUGUACCAUUGUUAGUGGUGUAUGCUCGGCCUCGUGGUCCAUAUAUUCUGCACUUUUACAUUUGCCACCAGAGUAGUAGUUUGCUGGCAAAAGAGAGAGAGAAAAAAAAAAUAGUACAAUUUUGACAACCUGAAUUUUUUUCUUAGCCUUGAGUGACCAAGAAGGAUUUGCUUGGGGCAAAUUGUGGCAAAUACUUUCCCAGACAGGGGAUGAGUCCGUCAGACUACAGAUUGCUGAUGUUUUCAUGCCUUGAGGAUUCUUUUAUUUUUACAUGGGGGUCUAAGUGACCAAUGGAUCGUUCAUACAAACAAAAAAAGAAAAAUAUUAUUCAGAAGUGACCUUAGUAUUACUUCACUAUUUUGAACACAUUGAAGACACUCACUUCAUGUGGACUUUGAGCUACAGACCUUUUACAUUCAUCCCAAACAGACUGGAUGGGUAGCAAUUGCUAUGCACAGCCUAACUGGCCCUGCAGGUCUUUAGAGCCAUUUUCAAUUUGUGUUGUUAAGGGUAUUGAGUAAAUGAUGAGAGAGAUAUGUCUGACCAGAGUGGGACUCUCAGACCCAAAUGCACCUGCAAAUUUGUUUUCUUUUGUGUUUUGUCGCUUUUGAACAUAAAACCAACUGUACAUAUGCCAGUGCCAAGUGGAUUAACUGGCUUAGAACAUGCAACAUAUUGACUUAACCACCUGAUGUUCCCAGUGUCCUGUUUCCUAGCAACACAUGCAAAGUGAUAAAUCCAAAUUAGUCGGAGACUACCGAUUUUACAGGGUAUUUGUUCCAUAGCACAAAAGUAUUUCCCCACUCUUGCACCACAGCACAAACUACCAAAUUUUAAUUAUUGGAUUCCAGCAAUAAUUUUUAUUGGUUUUCAAACUGGCAGAAUUUUGAUAGUGUUAGCUCGAGUUUGAAGCUUUUGAAUUAGAUCUCUUAACUGGUGACAGUUUACAAGGUUUUAUCUAGCUUUCUUAUUUAUACUUGACUGAAUUGUAAUGAUGAUUUUUUUUCUAAUCGUAAUUUGACCUAAUAGCCAUACAAAAAAUGACUCUUACUAGUACUGAUAGGUUUAGCUUUCCAUGAUUAUAGAUAUUACUUCUAUUUCGGUGCUGGAAAAUAUGUACAACAUACUAACAGAAUUGAAAAAGAGUACAGAGAUUUGGAGGUUUUUUCCCAAAGCAGGUAAAGAGGGCAGCAGAGCAUUGGAAUGGUGUCCUCAAAAAUGCAUAUUUAUUGUGGGCAUAGAGGAAGAAGGAAUUCGUAAGCAAGGUUAAUCAGAGGUUAAAGCUUAACCCCAUUCACUUAGAAGUAAAUCAGGUGAGCAGCCCCAGAUUUUAGCAUAAUAUUUUUACUGUUGUUGUUUUUUUAAUAUUUUCUAAAUUUUAGAAACACAAAGUGAAUGUUUAAGAAUUGCUGGGUCCCAAUGUCGGUGGCCGUUGGAGUUUUUGGACCGCUUGAUAGCAGUGAUUUAAAAAUUACAAUUAGCUAAAGUCCAAAAGAAAUUUGAAAACCAACAACAAAAAUUGUUUGGUGCAGAACAUGCACCUCAACAAUGGUACUAACUCGUUAUUCUAUAGAACACAUUAGAAUAGAUCUAUUUUUGCCAGAGCACCCUCCUUCAGUCCUCUGAUUACAUUUCACUAGAGUUCCUUAAGAGAUUGCUGUAUAUUCAUGAGACCUUUUUUAAAAAGAAGCAAAACAAAAUAUUACUUUUUUCUAUGUGAUUAAUAUCUUACUUGAUCUGCUUUUCCUAAACCUCAGUGGCUUUUCCCUUAGGCAGGGGUGGGGGUGGGAGGGCAACCUACUGGAUAUGACUGUUUUCAGAUACUUAAGAAAAAAAAAAAACCUUUUUGUAGAAAUGCUUAAUUUUUAAGCAGUUAGGCACUGAGAGUAGCAGAAAUCCUGCAAAGCUUUAUAGUCCUUUAGAUACUCGCCUUGUUGUUUCUCUGAAUGAAGUCUUGAUUUCGGCGAUAGUGCUCUUCUUGUGCCCUGAAUCCCCUGGAGGGGGUGUUGGUAUUUUCAGGUAACAACAUGUGUUAGCACAAAUACUUCUGGCCAAUAUGUAAGUGCCCCCUCCCCCCAUUUGUCAUUGUCAUUUCAUUUUUCUCAUUCUUUUUCCUUUUGGAAAAUCAUAUUGCUGUGGUGUGUACCUUAAUCUGCCAGCAAACACCAUCCACACUAACAUUUGUCCUACAAGCAUCCUCAAGAGAAAAAGUUGUUGCACCUUAUGUAUAUCUCAAGCAAACCAAAAUAUGAUGCUCUUCUGCUUUUUUUUAUUCUAAAUUGUUGUAUCAUAUCUUUCUGAAACCAUUCUGAAUCUAGUUGAAAUUAUCAAUAUUUAUGCUUUUAACCUUAAUUUCUGGAUUCAAACCUGUAUAUAAAUCUUUUGAAAAAAAAUUAUCCUAGCCCUUCUCUUGAUGCUGGAAGUGGGUGAUUUAGUCUCAAAUGGAGACACAGUACUGUUCCAGUUUUCUUUAGGCUUUUAUUUAUUUAGUUGUUCUUGGUAUUUUCCUAUGUAAUUUUGAAGUGUGUAGAGUAUAUUAUAGUAACUGAAGCUGCAGCUCUAAGAAGCUGAGUGAAAGAAAGAAAUACUGUAAGACAUCCUUUUUAAGUUUUUAUUUGUUUGGAUAACUAUAAUGAGAUCAGGAAAAGGAAAAAAUGUCCCACAGCCACAUUGAAGGCACAGGUUCUUAUACCCAAAUUCCCAGAUUUUUAGAUCAAAAUUGUUAACUCAUUAAAGCCCUUUUAAAAGGAUAAAUCAUACUAUUGUAAUUCUGACAUCCCUUUCCCCACGAAUACAAGAGAUGUGUUUAUUUUAUUCUGUCAGAUGAGCUUUCUGUCAGUGCCAUCUCAAAGCCAUGCUAAAGUCAUUCCCACGUUAUCACUGUUAUUCUGGUUCCUGCCAUUAAAACUGCUGCAGGAAAAGGUGAUGGGACACUGUGCACACACGUAAAGGAGCGCCUGCAUCGGUCUGGGUGUUCAGGGUCCAACGUGUCCGAUCCCCGUCGUUUUCUUGCCGAGUCAGAUGAUGCCCUGCCCAAGUCAUACACAAUUCUGUUUGUGCUCUGCCAUCUUUGGCUCAUCGUAUGAACAUGUUUGCAUCUGUGUAAAUUCUUAAGCAGAUGAUAAAUUGAUACAGAACCAGGAGUGAGCUGAACACUGAAUGACAUGUUUUGUUUCUAUGGUUUGGGGGCAGGGGAAUAGCAAAUAGCUCUUUCCAAGUUGUGGCAUUGGCAUUAAUGUGAAGCAGUGGGACCAUGCUGCCCGCUCAACUACUGUAUGGAUCACAAGCGUUCCUGAGACCAGCAGCUGCAGGCUGGAGGCCGGCGUCCGCACAGUAAAGGAGAAGCAUCGCCCCUCCACCGGGGAAAAGGAAGGAAGUCCCACAAGGCCAGGCAUUACCAUCUGUGAAGGGAAAGUUGGGGUGCACGUGAUGCUGUGAGAGACUCUCCUUUGUUUGCACUGCUCCACAGAACCCUCUUAUAAGGCCGAUCCUAAUGGGCUACCUCGGCUUUAAAAGUCAAUUUCAGUAAGUCCUGUUUCGAAAAUGUAUCUUUUUUUGCUUCUACCUUCAGUGCCACUAUUUUCCACUGCAGUGUUUUGACUUCACAAAAUGCCUUCUCCAGAGAGAACAUUGUAUUGCUGAAAAUGGGCCGUAGAAGCAAACGUUACCACAUUUAACCUAUAAAGUAUUCAGAGUGACUGACUGCUAGGUGGAAAUUAAAGCUUAGCCUUCCCCACAUAGGACCUUAUUUUGCACCUUAUAAAGAGUGUACUAAUUGUUAAUUAGAAGUUGCUUUUAUUUAUAUAAGCAUUCCCAAAGAAUUAGAUUUGGAUUUUGUUUUUACUUGUGUUUUGGGAUUUUUAAAAAUGAUUUUAUUUAGAUUGACUAACAACAUACUUAAUUUAAAAAAAAAGAGAUGGUUCAGUUCAACUUACCAGACGUGUCUGGUGAAGUAUGCAGGGUUGAUGGGCAGCUUUGCUUUUGUUUGAAAGUGACAGCUAAGCUGAUUAGACUCCAUAUUCAAUGACCUUGUCCUUUUCACUGGGGACAGUAUCUCCCUUACAUUUCAGAACAAAGAAGCAACAAAUAAUAACAGGACAAACCUAUUUGACUCCCCUUGUACCCUUGCAUCUAUUUGUGCUAUGCUUUCCUUAAAAAAUGUAAAUACACGUUUCUUCACAAAAAGUGUUUCCUCUCCUGGCCAAAUUUUACUUAGAGUGGUAUGAUUUAUAGUCAUAAACUGAAAGAGGAAACCUUCCCUUAAAAGUUCUGUGGCCACUGUUUCCUUCUUGCAGUCAGUGGUCAAAACUGAUCCUGCCCUCAAACUUAUAUUUAUACACAGAACUAGUUAUUGUGACAUUACUACUAUUUCCAAAGACUCCCUAAUGACUUGGGCCAGAACCGGUUACUGAGUAACACGGAUUGAAUUCAUUAUGCCCCUUGAGCCCUCCCACCCACACCGCAGAUCUUACCUCACAAACUCUAACCUGAAUCACAGAGGCGUGGGUGUUUCACAGACUAACACUGAUCUCCCUUCUUGGCCCCCAGAGGGGCUGCCUCGUGUCCCCUGACACCUCACAUUAGUGCCUCAGCUCUACAGGUGGCGGAACUAGGGGUAGGGAAGGCUUGUGAUCUGGAGCUCUGCACAUGCUUGGCAACAUUUUCAUUUCGUUAGCACUAAAGUCUCUUGCUCUCAGGAAUUUGUCAAGAAAAAUAAAAACCACCUGAGAUCCCACAUACUAGAUUAUUAACUUCUCUCAUAGGCUUGAAUUGCUCACUUACAUGUCAUAAAAUAACAGCUUCAUUUGGCUACCUGAUCUUAAGCCCAUUGACAGUUUCAGCAUGACUGAAUCGCUCAUUUUUUUGCUUUCGGAAAUUGGCUUGGUUCUCUUUAGAGUUGGUGUAAACAUGCCAUGUAAUAAAUGAUUUCCACUUAAUGGUACAACAGAAUUAUUGCUUUCUUAGAUGUAUGUGUAGUUAAAGUCAAUAUACACAUUUAUAUAAUUUCUUCAAAAUCUUAUACUUAAUUUGAUAUUUCUAAAAAUUGCACAUGUAAGUCAUGUGUAUAACAUGCUAAAGUACUUUAACUGUGAUCUUAAAACUGAAUAAAAAUAUUUAAUAAAAAUUUGAAAUAUUUUAAAGAUAUUAUUCAAAUAUAUUUCUUUAUGUUCAUACUA